AUGGCCGGUCUGUCCAACGCAUGUCGCCGCCGUCAGCUCUACAUCAAGAUGACACAAUAUGCAUAUGGAGACCAAGACCUUAGCUGCAUCUCGGGAUGCUCUUUCGCAGAGAAAGAAAGUAGAAGCGGCCGACAGUCGGACAUAGGAAAGCCUCUAGCUCAGCACAUUCAUCGUAAUGAUCGCAUAACCAGUCUUGCUAGUCUCCACUCUCCCAAGCCGAACCCGAGCAAGAGCCCAAGAAGGGGGCUGUUCUCGUGA